UAUGUAUACCGCCAUCAAGAGAAAAUCCAUACAAUAAAAUUUCUUAAACAUCAUGUUGUUACAAAGGGAAAAUAUGUAGUCAUCAGAGUAAGCUUAGCAACACCUCUUCUGCAACUUGCAAGAUAUCUCCGUGGGAGGAAAAGCAGCCACGACACAAGUCAGUUUCAGAUGCGUUCAGUGUCGGCUGCAGUAGAAAGUUGUCAGUAAUGCCAUCUGUGUCAGACAGCAGCGCGACGUCAUCCUCGCAUCGCCUCAUCUACCAGUUCAUCAACUGCCGGUUAAUUCGAGGAGGACAAAUUGUGAAGGAUGAUUUCUGGUUCAGAGGCGGCAAGAUCUUGAACCCAGAGCCCGUUUUCUUCGAGGAGAAGGUCCGAGCUGACGUUAGGGUCGACUGCCACGACGCCCUCAUAUGCCCGGGCUUUAUCGACGUGCAGGUGAACGGAGGUUUUGGCUAUGACUUCUCGUCAGAUACAGACCGCCUGGAGGAGGCCGUGUCCUCAGUCUCUCGUGGAGUCCUCGCCACGGGCGUCACUUCCUUCUGCCCGACGCUGGUCACCUCGCCCGACUCGGUCUACCAUAAGAUAAUGCCACGCAUUGAAAGAAUGGAAGGUAGCAAAGAAGGUGCAGGGAUUCUGGGUGUUCACCUUGAGGGUCCCUUCAUCAGCCCAGAGAAGAAAGGAGCCCAUCCACUAAACUACAUACAGAAUCUUGACCAGGGAUUUAAUAAGUUAGAGUCAACUUACGGACGCCUAGAUAACACUGCUGUGGUUACCAUAGCCCCAGAGCUUACAGGAGCCAAGGAAGUCAUAGGCGAACUUUCUGAACGGGGUAUUGUCGUGAGUGUAGGUCAUUCUAAUGGCAACCUCGAAGAUGGUGAGGCUGCAGUAAACAGCGGUGCUUCUUUUAUCACUCAUCUAUUUAAUGCCAUGCUGCCUUUUCAUCAUCGUGAUCCUGGACUUGUUGGUUUGCUAACAAGUAGAAAAAUUAACCGGCCUGUCUUCUAUGGCAUCAUCGCUGAUGGAAUCCACACUCAUCCUGCUGCUCUUCGAAUUGCCCACAGAACGCAUGCUAAAGGCCUUGUGCUAGUGUCAGAUGGUAUGGCAGCUAUGGGUCUUGAAGACGGAGAGCACCACAUAGGUCAAAUGAUGGUGAAGGUGCAAGGUAGACGUGCUGUACUGGCUGGCACAAACACUCUAGCAGGUUCUGUGGCCACAAUGGAUGAGUGUGUCAGAGUUUUCAUUAAUGAUGCAGGUGUAAGUGUUGUAGAAGGCAUUGAGGCAGCAACCUUACACCCUGCCCAACUCAUGGGUAUAACACAUCAGAAAGGCACUCUGGACUACAACACUGAUGCUGACUUUCUACUUGUGUCAGAUAAAGGUCCACUGAAAGUAUUGAACACUUUCAUUGCAGGUGAAUGUGUGUACAGUUCUCCUGAAGCACCCCAACUCUUUUAUAAUGAAUCUGUUCCUUGUAAAAAACAUUAGCAAAUUAGUAUAUUUUACACUUCAAAGCACUUGCUUUUUCUAUGAUCACUCAUUUAAUGCCUCACAGGGACUUUGAAUAUGUAAUUAAGGUUUUGGGAAAGAGAAGAGAUAAAGUUCUGCUUCUUUUGGUAUAUAACGUGGGAAAGUAUUUUUAUGUAUUAUUACAUGUGAAUCUCGUUAUAUUUUUGGAAUGGUUUCCGAAAAGUAAUGGUAAUGACGUAAAUUGAAUGUGUUUAAGUCACUUUACUUAUUUGAAAAUUAUAUACAUAUUUGCUUAUUUAUCAGCUGGCUCAGCAAUUUUAUAUAUUUGAUUUAAAAUCAGAAUGAUACAUUCUGCAGCAAUAUGUUUAUUACAGAUUAUAACCUGUAAUAUAGCUGUUACAUUUGAAUAUGGAGCAGAUGUAUAAGUUGUUUACAGUUCAGUGUUGCUCUCUGUUCAGUAUAAAUUUUGAGAGAAAUUGUUGCAGUUGUGUACUUUUUUAGGAAUGAAACAAGGCAAAAGUGAUUUCUUUCCUAAUUAGAUAUAUAGGUUUUAUAUAGUUUAUUGAUCUGGUAACUAUUUUACAUUACUUUAUCUUAUAUUUUUUAUAAUGUUAGCAUGAAGGUUUUUUCACUUUAUCUUUUUAUAACCAGUUUUAAUUCAAGUCUCCCAUUACAUAUUAUGGUAUUUUAGUAAUAUUGAAAAGGAAUUAAAGAUUUAUUGUUUUUUUAUGAAAAGUGAAUAAAUUAUUCAUGUCAUUUCUGCCUAAUAACAGCAGAAAAUUCUGGCAUAAGUACCUAUGAUGUAUUCUACGAAUGCAAGAUGUUUGUGUUUUUAUGUAUGAUUUUAGUUAUGAAGAUAAAACAUGUAUUCCAUA